AUGGCGAAGAAAGAAACUGCCACGGCUGACGCAAAGCUCGACACAUCUAACCAUGAUGUCGCUCAAGGCGAGGUUAUCGAUACCUCGAGCACGAUAAUGGAUGAUGGUGUUCGACGUGCAUUGAAGUCGCGACAUUUGCUGAUGAUUGCGCUUGGAGGUGUUAUCGGUCCUGGAACUUUCUAUGCCACCGGUUUCGCGUUGCAAUACUCCGGACCGGUCGGCGCACUGAUCGGAUAUAUGAUCGUCGGCUUGGACGUCUUCUUCGUGACCCAAUCUCUCGGUGAGAUGGCCACCUUGUUUCCCUCUACCGGUUCUUUCAAUGAAUUUGCAGGCCGAUUCGUCGAUCCUGCCUUGUCUUUCGCUCUCGGUUGGAACUAUUGGUACAUGUGGGGAACGAUCCUUGCCAACGAAUACAACGGCGCCGCUCUCAUCCUUGCCUAUUGGACGGACAAGGUACCGAGCUAUGGCUGGAUACUCAUCGCCUGGGCCUUCUUCAUGGCAACAUCUCUUCUCGGUGUCGUCGUCUACGGAGAGAUGGAGUUCUGGCUUGCAUCAUUCAAGUUCGCCGUGACCAUCAUUCUAUAUCUUGUGGCCAUCCUGGUUGACACCGGAGCAAUUGGUGGCGACUACAUCGGUUUCCGAUACUGGGAGACGCCCGGACCGUUUGUGAACGGCAUAAACGGGUUCGGUAAGGUCCUUGUACUGGCAGCCGUCAUGUACUCCGGCACAGAGGCUGUCGCCAUCACGGGAGGCGAGUCCCGAAACCCUAGGCGCGAUAUUCCAAAGGCCCUCAGACAGACGUUUUGGCGCAUCUUGGUCGUCUACGUCGGCAUGGUGUUCUUCACCGGCCUCAUCGUGCCGUCGAACUCGGAGCAGCUGCUGAAUGCGGCGUCCAAGUCGGCAUCGUCGCCCUUCACGGUCGCGUUGAACACAGCAGGCUGGCCGGGAGCUGGAAACCUCAUCAACGCCAUCAUCGUGGUUACGCUGCUGUCCUCCGUAAACUCCGCCAUCUACAUAGGUAGCCGUUGCAUCUUUGCACAGGCAAGGGCCGGCCGUGCACCUCGUUUCCUAGCCAAGACAACAAGAAACGGAGUCCCCGCAAACGCCAUCGUGUUCACUAACCUGUUUGGGCUCGUAUCUCUUCUCAACAUAUCGGAGAGCGCAGGAAAUGUCUUUAGCUACCUGCUGUCCAUCUCUGGGUCCGCCGCCUUCAUUGCGUGGUGCUUCAUCGGCCUGACACAUGUCCGCUUUCGGGCGGCUAUGAGGACCCAGAAUGUGGCUGUAUCCUCCUUACCUUUCAAGGCAUGGGGAUAUCCGUUUGUUCCUUGGAUCUUGUUUGGUGCCAACUUGGUCCUGGUUCUCAUAUCGGGGUAUACGACACUGUUGACGCCAUUCGAUCUCAAGGGCUUCAUUUUUUCCUACCUCGUCAUCCCUGUCUUCAUUAUUCUAUACCUGGGAUGGAAGCUUUAUCAUAAAACGGAGUGGGUCGAUCCUACACAAGCAGAUCUCGUGAGCGGUAGGAGGGAAUGGCUUGAGAAUGUAGACGAAGAGUCCGGUCAUGCGACUAGAUGGAAAAGGAUAAGAGACGCUUUUGUUGGUUGA